AUGUCCACUCGGAAACAGGUAUCGCCAUGGCAAUCUAUAGUGGCUGGAGGCGCUGCUGGCGGCCUUGAGAGUCUGAUCACUUAUCCUACCGAGUAUUUGAAGACUCGCCAGCAACUUUUCAAAGCUGGCGGCGCGGAGAAACAAUCGCUUACACAAAUCCUGAGAUCAGUCAUUCCACAUCAUGGACUCCGCACUCUCUACACCGGUGCGGGAGUCUUCUGCGCCUCCAACGCCUCCAAAUCGGGAAUUCGCUUCUUCACAUUCGACAUGGCCCGACAACUCAUGCCGACCGAUACAAAGGGCAAAGUGAUACCGCUAGGAAAUAUGGGUGCGGCUUUGAUGGCUGGAGUGGCAGAGGCAGUUGUCGUGGUCACUCCGGGUGAAACUAUAAAGACAAAAAUGAUCGACGACCGAGCUGGACACAAGCUGUAUAGAUCGACUGGGCAUGGCAUCAUCUCCAUUUUCCGCAAGGAAGGCCUGCCUGGGUUAUACCGCGGCGUGGUUCCGGUGACACUGAAGCAGUCUGCAAAUGCUAUGGUGCGCUUUACAAGCUACAAUAUCUUCCUGGGUCAGAUGGAGGCAACAGACUUGCCAAAAUCCGUCAGCACUGUCGUUGCGGGUGCUAUGGCGGGUAUUGUCACAGUGUACGCAACGAUGCCGUUCGACUCGGUCAAGACGCGACUCCAGGCUAUCGAUGGAAAUCAGCGUUAUCGAGGAUCCCUCAAUUGUUUCCGUUCCGUGAUUACACAGGAGGGCAUUUCUGCUUUAUGGCGAGGAACUACACCGCGGUUGGUCCGGUUGAGUGUUCGUGACUCUUCGUAG